UAUGUGGAGUAUGUGGCAUUUAAGCCUCAGCGUAGUAAAGUCUGCGGCACAGACACGCCGGAGAGCACUUUGGAUACACACGCAUCCAGCUGGAGUUCAGCCAUUUUCACAAAGUUUACCUGCUUUUUAAAGGUCUUACAUCAAGAACACACAAUGCCAAACUGGGGUGGAGGCAACAAGUGUACAGCGUGCCAUGGGACGGUGUACCACGCCGAGGAAGUGCAGUGUGACGGCAAGAGUUUCCACAAAUGCUGUUUUCUCUGCAUGGUCUGCAGGAAGGGAUUAGACAGCACCACGCUGGCUAUUCAUGAGCAGGAGAUCUACUGCAAGUCCUGCUAUGGGAAGAAGUACGGCCCUAAGGGCUACGGUUAUGGUCAGGGGGCGGGGACGCUCAACAUGGACCGAGGAGAGCGGCUGGGAAUCAAACACGAACAGACACACGCUCACAAACCGACCACCAACCCCAACCCAUCCAAAUUUGCCCAGAAGUUCGGAGGUUCCGAGAAGUGCGCCCGGUGUGGAGACUCUGUGUAUGCAGCUGAGAAGAUCAUGGGAGCCGGCAAGCCGUGGCACAAGAACUGCUUCCGAUGUGCAAAAUGUGGCAAGAGCCUCGAGUCGACCACUCAGACCGAGAAAGACGGAGAAAUCUACUGCAAAGCAUGUUACGCCAAGAACUUCGGGCCCAAAGGGUUCGGUUUCGGCCAAGGAGCCGGGGCUCUGGUUCACGCUCAGUGAUGGAUGAACUGGAUCACACAGACACAAACACAACUUCAUACAUUCCUCUGCCCAACAUGAACUACAGCUCACCCUUUUCUCAUGCCCCCCCCCCCCCCUCCCCCCUUUUGUUGAAAUAGGUGCUAAUGAUACAAAAUAAAAACAUUAACAAAC